ACUGCUAUGCGUUUCAGCAGUUAACUGUGCGCACGCGAUCUAACAACAUCGUAUCAACACAAUCAGUGUGAUUCUUGAGAACGUCUAGUCAUCAUGGAUACUUGGAUACUACUGUCUCUGUUAGUUGGCACCGUCGCAGUUUAUUAUUACUUCUUUAAGGACUUGAAUUUCUUCAAGAAGCAUGGAAUUCUUCACGUACCACCGUGGCCUGUCGUGGGCAACAUGGCACCAGUUUUUUUCCGUCAGAUAUCGUUAGCCGAAAUCGUUGAAGCCGUUUACAAUCUGAAUCAAGAUGCCAAAUAUGUUGGUUUCUUCGAUGGCAUGAAUCCAGUAGUGAUGAUUCGCGAUCCAGAACUCAUCAAGUCCAUCGGCGUGAAAUACUUCGACUCGUUCACCGAUCAUCGCGCUUUUAUCGACGAGGCUAAUGACCCUCUAUUUGGCAAGAAUUUAUUUUCACUUCGUGGUGACAAAUGGCGAGAUGUGAGAGCGUUACUAAGCCCUGCUUUUACGUCUAGUAAAAUGAAAACUAUGUUUAAGUUAAUGUCCGAUUGCGCCACUAAUUUCGCCGAUUUUCUUUCCAAACUGCCUUCAGACGAAAGUGUUAUGGAAAUGAAAAACUGCUUUACCAGAUACACAAAUGACGUAAUCGCAACCUGCGCCUUCGGAAUUAGUGUUGAUUCUAUGAAAACUCCUACCAAUGAAUUCUACGUUAAUGGAAAAGAUCUUACAAGUUUUAGCACUCUGCGUACCAUAAAAUUCUACCUUAUUAGAAGUAUGCCUGCUAUCACCAAAAUGUUGGGUAUUAAAUUUGUCGAUAAUCGUUUAAGUCAAUUUUUCAAAAAUCUCGUAAGAAGCACGAUAGACACCAGAGACAAACAGAAUAUCGUACGACCGGAUAUGCUGCAGUUGAUGAUGGAAAGCAGAGGAAAAAGAGGACCUGGCAAGGAACUGACUAUUGAAGAUAUGACCUCGCAGGCGUUUAUUUUCUUUUUUGGCGGUUUUGAUACCGUUUCCACUUUAAUGUGUUUUGCUAUUCACGAAAUCGCCGUCAAUCCAAAUGUUCAAGUAAAACUGCGCAAUGAGAUAGACGAGGUUCUGAAGAAAACUAACGGGGAAUUAACUUAUGAGGCUGUGAAUGGAAUGCAAUAUCUGGACGCUGUGAUUAACGAGGCUCUUAGAUUAUGGUCAGUGGCAGUGGCUGUGGAUAGAUUAUGUGUGAAAGAUUUCGAGUUACCCCCAGCGCUUCCUGGAGAUAAGCCCUUUGUCGUAAAAAGAGGAACAUACAUUUGGUUUCCUAUUUAUGGUCUUCAUCGGGAUCCAAAAUAUUUUGAGAAACCGAAUGAAUUUUAUCCCGAACGUUUUCUGGACGAAAAUAAGAAAAAUUUCAAUGCAAGCGCUUUUAUACCUUUCGGACUUGGCCCAAGAAUGUGUAUAGGUAACAGGUUUGCAUUAUUGGAAACCAAGGUCAUGAUAUUUCACUUAUUGGCUCGUUGCGAAUUGAAACCGUGCGCUAAGACCUGUCAUCCGUUGCGGUUGAGUAGAUCAAGUUUAACUAUGCUGGCAGAAGGGGGAUUUUGGCUAAAAAUUCAACCAAGAAGUGAUGCUUUUUCUUACACUGACAAACGUAUAUUUACAAGCGAUAAUGCUAAUACUACUAAUGGCCACAUUUAAAUUCGUUUGAAUACAUACAUAUAAUGUAUGAAUAUGUAAAUAUAAAUUGUAUUUUUUUGUUUCAGAGAAAUAAUGUUAGUAAGUGAUAUAAUAGAGGUAUACGUAUGCAGUUAAAGAUGGCAUGUAAAUUAAUUUUAUUUUGAAUAAUAUUUUUUUCGACGAUUAAUAUAUCUGUAAAAUGA